AAAACUUUGAGGAUUUCUAGACAAACCGAAGGUGGCCGUAAAAGGUGGCUGCCGCGUGCUUUUUUUGAGUCGGUUUUAUAUACAAUAUACAACUCUUUCAAUUUUUUCAAAAUUUGUUCUGGAGGGGCAAAACCACAGCAAUUAGUUUGAAAGAAAUAUUAUAAUCAGUACGAGAUAUCUUUUAUUUUCUUACAGCCUUUGGGUACUCGGGGAGGGAGGUCGUAGGAAGACCUUUUAGGAUCAUUAAUUCGCAGUGAUAUUUUUGUUGCCCCAUAUAAGCACGCCGACAGAGGGGCUUGCUGAUAGAGAAGUCCGGAUUGCUGAUACUAUGAUGGGUGUAUCGAGGAUGCAUUGAAUUCAGAGCUUUUCUUUUGAGUUUAUUUGUCUGGUGACACACUGGAGGGUGUCAUGGAGCGCGAUGGUGUUCAGAGAUUCAAGAGAGUUUGCGUUUUCUGCGGGAGCAAUUCAGGGAACAGGAAAGUUUUCAGCGAUGCUGCUUUUGAUUUAGGGAAUGAAUUGGUGAAACGGAAGAUAGAUUUGGUUUAUGGUGGAGGGAGUGUAGGAUUGAUGGGUUUGAUCGCUAGGACUGUUCUUGAUGGUGGUUGCCAUGUUCUCGGAGUGAUCCCGACAGCCCUCAUGCCGCUGGAGAUAUCUGGUGAAGCUGUUGGUGAUGUGAAGACAGUAGCUGAUAUGCAUGAACGCAAAGCAGAAAUGGCACGCCAAGCAGAUGCUUUUAUUGCUCUCCCUGGAGGAUAUGGAACCAUGGAAGAACUAUUGGAGAUGAUCACUUGGUCACAGCUUGGCAUUCAUGAAAAACCUGUUGGCUUGUUGAAUGUUGAUGGAUAUUUCAAUGCCUUGCUUGCAUUAUUUGAUAAUGGAGUUGUUGAAGGUUUUAUAAAACCAGAUGCUCGGAAUAUAGUUGUAUCUGCACCUACUGCACAAGAAUUGAUACUAAAGAUGGAGGAAUACAAGCCACUCCAUAAGCAUGUGGCACCAAGGAAAAGCUGGGAGAUCGAGCAACUAGGCUAUUCAAAGCAGCUUGGUCAGCCUGAAUGAUGAACUUAUGGGAGAAAGUGUUCAGUGUUUACAUAAUUCUUUUUUCUCUUCAAUUUGUGUAUAUCGGAUGGAUGCAAAAGUCCAUCGGAUGUUCUUGCUUCUACUAAUUCCAUUUCAAUGAAGCAUCAUUCCUGCCAUUGUUUUA